AUGGAGGCGACAUCCCUGGUGGGUUUGCAGGAGGAUGGAAAUGGAAACAACAGAUCUCAGCUGCCGAAGGGGAGAGAGCGCAACGGCCAGCAAGUCCCCCGGGAGGCCUGCAAGCCAACACAAGCCCUUACUUCUCACUCCAAUGAAGGAACACAGGUGACAGUGGAGAUCCACCCCAGAGACACCACCCCGCAGCUCAUCAAGAAACUCUCCGUUGGAAAAGGUCUCCGGAAGGCCAGCCUGAGAGGCCAGGACAACAGAGGUUUCCAAAAGACCGAAGCCCCACGCCCGCCGAGUGGGAAAGACCUGCACGCAUAUCCGUGGGACAAAUCCUCUCUGAAAUCCAUGCCCGUAGACCUGCAGCAAUUUGAGAAGCUGGAUGCCUAUGCGCUAAAAGUAAACGUCAAGAACAGCGUGGAGGACCUUGUUACGGCCCUGCUUAAACAAGCCCGGACAGACCUGGAGAAAGUGCGAGCCAUUUGGAUGUGGAUAUGCCACCACAUAGAGUACGACGUGGUGGGCUACCACAACAAGAGCCAGCUGUCGUGCAAGGCCAUAGACGUGCUGCACGCGGGGAAGAGCAUUUGCGAGGGAUACGCCGAGCUCUUCGAGCAAAUGUGCAGCAUUGCAGGAAUCCAGUGCAUGAAGCUGUCGGGCUACUCUAAGGGCUACGGCUACAAGAUGGGGCAGACCUUUACCGGGGACUCUGACCAUGCCUGGAACGCCGUCUAUCUCGAGGGAAGGUGGCACUUACUCGACAGCACCUGGGGAAGUGGUUCCGUGGACGAUUCCUUCACCAAGUUCACCUUCAGGUACAAUGAGUUUUAUUUUCUGACCCACCCGGCUCUAUUCAUUAACAACCACUUCCCGGACAACAGUAACUGGCAGCUUCUUAAACCAACUCUGGCGCUGAAAGAUUUCGAGCGCAACAUGUUGCACAACAGCAACUUCUACACGCUGGGCCUGCUCACCGCACACCCAGCAACGGGGAUCAUCCACACAGAGAACGGAAAAGCAGCCAUCUCGGUGGAUUCCCGUUCCUCCAUGCUGUUUUCCUUUAAGCUGAGGGGAAUACAGGAGCACGGUUUAAUGACUUUGAAAAAACACGGAAUGAGCCUGGAAAUCUACCCCCAGAAGACAGGCAGUCACAAGCUGCAGAUCUUUGCCAAGCCCUCCAAGGCCCCUGACGAUGUCUACAACUGCGUGUUAGAGUAUGUCAUAGAGUGCAAGUCCGUGGACAAGAGCGCGCGCUUCCCGAAGGACCUCCACCAGCCCGUUGGACCAAGCUGGUUCUCGGAGCGGCAAGGGUUCCUGCGGCCGUCGCACCCGGACCCCAUCAUCCACACCAACGACGGGCGCUGUUCCCUCACCUUCACCCUGGGCAAGGACAUAAGCGUCUUGGCCUCGCUGCACUCCGAUAACAGCAGCCUCACGGAGGACGCGAGGCGGCGGCACAUCAUGCAGAUCCGCCGGGGGAACCAGAUCGAGCUCAAGAUCCACCUCCCCCACGCAGGGGACUUCGUUCUGGAAAUCUACGCCAAGAAGAAGUCGGAUCCUGGCAACUACGACUACGUCUUCAACUACCUCAUCUCGUGCCUGAACACGGAAGUCAAGUGGCCGGCCUUCCCACAGAGCUACAGCAAGUGGGCGGAAGACUACGAGGUGGUGGAGCCGCUCUCGGGCCUGCUGCCGGCCGGGCGCAACGUGCAGUUUAAGCUCAAGAUGCACGGGAUCGCCAAGGUGCUCGUGCAAGCCGAGAGCACCUACCCGCUGACGCCGAGCAGAGACGGCUACUGGCAGGGCACCUGCAACACGUCUGGCUGCGCAGAGGUGUUCGUGAUGGUGCACGAGAACGCCAACCACAGCUUCUAUUCACACGUGCUCAAAUACGAGGUGGAGUCCCAGUAA